AUGAGUGGAAGUGGAAUUAAUGUGGAGGAAAACCUUAAUAGGUUGGAUGAAUUUCACAUUUAUGCUCAUUUACAUGUUAAGUCGGCACAUGUGUUGACUCCGCAUGGCACGCUGGUCGAUGUUUUCUCUGUAGACGAAGCAAAUCCGAGUAUGGAGAUUAGGAGGCAGAUGCUUGAGCCGUACUUAAGAAGAGCCGGCUUCUAUUAUGCGUCUCUGAUAAAGCGUUUUGAGUACGACAACCCAAUGAUUAGUGCUCUUGUGGAGAGAUGGCGUCCUGAGACCCAUACAUUUCACCUUUCAGGGGGUGAGUGUACUAUCACUUUGGAGGAUGUUGCCAUGCAGGUGGGGUUACCAAUCGACGGUGAGCCGGUGAGUGGCACUCUAAGGUCAUGGAGUAAGUUCCACCAUAGGGAUAUUUGGCAAUGGUGUGAGGAACUCCUUGGAGAAGUUCCUAACGGACAUGUAGGGACCACGAAGUAUAACACAAAACUGAAGUGGCUCAGGAGUAGACUACAACAGAUGCCUCUUGACUCUCCCGAGGAGGCCCUCGUACGGUAUGCACGUUGUUACAUUAUGUAUUUAUUGGGUGGCAUUUUACUUCCUGACAAAGCGAACAACACGGUUCACGUACGUUAUCUUCCUCUCCUGGCCAACUAUGAUGCCAUUAGUACAUAUAGUUGGGGCAGUGCCGUGCUCUGUUGGUUGUAUAGAGGCAUGUACCUAGCGACUGAUUACAACGUCGAGGAAAUGUCUGGUUGUCAUACACUGUUGAUGUCUUUGAUAUACUUCAGGCUUCCUUUCUGGGCACCGGACGUGACGAGCCCAUACACAUUUCCGUUAGCUACAACGUGGGCGGGCAAGAGAGGAAAGAAUGACUUUCCCGAGCAACGCUUACAAAGGCACCGGCUUAGGUUGGACAAUUUGAAGGUGGAUGAGGGAUGCACGUAUUUUGUCGAGGGUGCUUACGGAAUAUCUUGGAGCUCCACAUGGGAUUUCAAUACGGCGGUCGUGCCACUUAUUCUGUUCCGCUAG